AGCAUCAUCAAUCAAUUCUCUUGGAAGUCAAAAAUCCGUUGACAAAAUUAGAACGAAAAGGAAAACCAAAAAGAAAAUUGAGAAAAGGUAAUCAACAUGAUAAUCGAAAAUUAGAUAAAAGAAACAGAAUCAAAACAUAAAAUGUGGAAGAGAGGAGGCAGCUUACACGGUGGCGGUGGUGGAGACAAAUUGCUGCGGAAGGGCAACAACAUGGUGGCGGUGGCAAUCGACAAAGACAAAAACAGCCAACACGCUCUCAAAUGGACCAUCGAACACCUGCUUACCCGCGGCCAAACCGUCGUCCUCAUUCACGUCAUUCGGAAACCAGGCAAUUCUAAUUCUUCUUUCCUAAUUUUCUCUCUAACUUCAAUAACUCGAUCAAUGAAUCAUAAACCUGCAAUUGGGAAUGCAGGUGGAGGAGUCGAUGCAUCUGCUGCCAUUAAGCAACAAUAUGAGAAGCAAACCAAAGACCUGUUCCUCACCUUCCAUUGCUUCUGUACCCGUAAACAAAUACAGUGCUUCGAUGUCAUACUCGAAGAUACAAACAUCGCAAAAGUGCUCGCGGAAUACGCUAAUUACGCCGCGAUAGAGGUUUUGGUCCUUGGAGCAUCUUCGCGACAUGGUUUCAUUAGAUUCCGGAGUUCUGAUGUUCCGAGCCACGUCAUGAAAUCGGCACCGGAUUUUUGCACCGUUUACGUCAUCUCAAAAGGAAAAAUAUCCACCGCGAAGAAAUCUUCAAAAUCAGCUCCGUUUCCAUCUCCGAUACGCGAGAAAAUCGAAGAGCUAUCUAUCAACUUAGAAGCAAGCGUACGCCGGAAGGAUAGUAUUAGCUUACGAAGGCCGGAAAACACUUCCGAGAAGCCACGUCCACCUCCACUUCCAAUUCCGGUGCCGCAAGACCCUGACCCCCAACCAAUCGAGUCACCGUUUAAUAAAGGGAGAGGAUUGAAUGCGAAAUUGUUGUGUGGGGAUCUUUCGGAUACCGAUAUAUCAUUUGUGAGCACCGGGAGGCCGAGUGCUGCAAUGUACUACGAUACUGAUUUGAGCCCAACUCCCCGAAAAUCAACAGCUUCAGAUCGUGCCUUUGGAUCACCGUAUUAUGGAAACAAGGGACCUGAUAUAGGUUACAUGAUUUCUUCUUCCUCGAGAAACAGUAAAGGAUCAACUUCGUCACGAACAGUACUAAUACUAUUUCUUCUUUCUCCCCUGUCAAUUUCCGGCGACAUUUUCCGUUGCUAUAAAAAUAUGUUUUCUGAACAGGAUGACGUGGAUAGCGAAAUGAGAAGACUAAAGAUGGAACUCGAGAAAACAAUGGAGAUGUACAGCACAGCCUGCAAAGACGCACUGACAGCAAAACAAAAGGCUGGAGAACUUGAACAGUGGCGCGUGGAAGAAGCAAACAGACUAGAAGAGGCGACAACUGCAGAGCAAGAAGCACGAGAAGUGGCGGAGAAAGAAAAAGAAAGAUACAAAGCUUUAAUGGCGAAAGCUAGAGCUUCUAGAAGAAUCGCAGAAAUAGAAUCCCAGAAACGAGCGCUCGAACACCCAGAAGAAAAGCAUCAGGAGUCGCAUAAAUACAGAAGAUACACCAUUGAUGAGAUCGAAAAAGCUACAGAUUUCUUCGAGAAGGCAAGGAAGAUCGGUGAAGGAGGGUAUGGUCCGGUUUUCAAAGGCCGGCUUGACCAGAUCCAAGUCGCAAUUAAGGUUUUACGACCCGAUGCUGCUCAAGGAAGAUCACAAUUUCAACAAGAGGUGGAAGUGUUAAGUUGUAUGAGACAUCCAAACAUGGUUCUCCUCCUCGGAGCUUGCCCGGAAUACGGUUGUUUAGUGUACGAAUACAUGGCUAACGGAAGCUUAGAAGACCGAUUACUAAGAAGAGGAAACACCCCGCCGUUAUCAUGGCAACUCCGGUUCAAAAUCGCGGUGGAGAUAGCCACCGGAAUCUUGUUCCUCCACCAAACGAAGCCGGAACCGAUCGUUCACCGUGACCUGAAACCUGGAAACAUUCUUCUUGACAAAAACUUCGUGAGUAAGAUAAGUGACGUGGGACUAGCCAGGCUACUCCCAGCAUCAUCAUUAACCGAAGAUGUCACUCAGUAUAGAAUGACAUCAGCGGCCGGGACGAUGUGUUAUAUCGACCCGGAAUAUCAGCAGACCGGGCUACUUGGUGUUAAAUCGGAUGUUUAUUCGUUAGGGAUAAUGUUGUUGCAGUUAGUUACGGCUAAACCGGCUAUGGGUUUGACUCAUCAUGUUAGAAGGGCGAUUAAUAAAGGAACAUUUGCCGAGAUGUUGGAUCCGACUGUGACUGAUUGGCCAAUUGAUGAAGCGUUAGGAUUUGCGAAAUUGUCAAUACAAUGUGCGGAGUUGAGACGAAAAGAUAGACCGGAUCUCGGGAAGGAGGUGUUGCCGGAGCUUAACCGACUGAGAGAUCUUGGUGUUGAAAAUACGACUUCCGAAACGUCUCUCGACCCGGAUGCAUAAGUGCUUCAAGCAUGACCGCACCAUAGGCAGUUAACCUCAUGUAACGAAACUAGAUAAGUAGCUCAGUUCUUCUUGACAAUUUUUUAGUUCGAAUUCAUUAGACCCAAGGCAAAUUGAAUGUUCUUCGAAGCUCUUUUAUUUAAUAAAUGAACGAACAUAAACAUGAUUUUUUGUUUGUGUAGUUAAAUGAACGAACAAGAACAGUGGUUUUCCAUCGUUCAUUUAUGUUU